AUGUUAUCUCCACUUCAGUCUUACCUUCUCAUCUAUAAUGCUUUUCAAACUUUUGGAUGGAGUAUUAUUUUAUGCAAAGUUAUUGCUCGUUUGGUAUUUACUACAUACUACGGUAAUUUGUAUCAGUAUUGCGAGCUGGAAUUGAAAAUUUUCCAAACAGCUGCUAUAUUAGAGAUUCUUCAUGCUGCACUAGGUUUCGUUCGAUCACCUGUUGUUACGACUGCAAUCCAAGUAUACUCGCGCGUUUCCCUUGUAUGGCUUAUAUUGAAUAAAGCCAUAUCGACUCAGUUAUGUUUGGGUGUGUUGUUUAUAUUGAUAGCUUGGUCAGUAACAGAAGUUGUGCGAUAUAGUUACUAUGGCUUGAGUUUGAUUAACGCUGUAUCAAAAGUGCACACAUGGCUAAGAUAUUCUCUUUUCAUCGUAUUAUAUCCACUUGGUGUGGUUGGUGAACUUCUGAUAAUAUUGGGUGCACUUCCUGAGGUCGCUGUAAGAAAGCACUUUACUUUGGAGUUACCAAACAUGGCUAAUUUCGGCUUUUCAUUCUGGUGGUAUCUUAUCAUCUACAUGGUCUUAUAUUUGCCAGGUUCCUUUCUAAAUUAA